CUGACUACUUGAGCGUGCCGCCUGUGCAGAGUUUACAGCCGCGCGCUGCCACCACAGGACAUGAUUUUAUGCUGCCACUGCAACCUAAACUGCUAGCUGCCUUAGAACACAAAGACCAUCAUUCUAUACAGUUGGCGCCACAACACUUGCCUGGCGCCGAUGGCAAUCACAACGGUGUUCAAUCACAUCACUCCCCAACGCCCUACCACAUUACUGGCGCCCAUUAUUGUGGUGGCAGCAGCGCAGACAACAUCAGUGGCAGUCACGCGGCUAGUCGGUCAGCGUUAAAUGUGCCGCCCACUAUCAGCGUGGCCUCGGCGCAAAUGCCACCUGGCGUACGCACACCUAACCUCAAUAUACGUGCUGCGCAAAUUUUGGCCGCACAGCAAAUGCGUGAAGCAGCAGCCGCCGCCGCUGGUCAUCAUGGGAGCGCGCACCACGCCGGCAGCUGUAAUAUAACGAUUGCGGUCAACGAUGGUAGCUGCAGUGGUGCAGCGCUGGACAUGGAGAAACCGUACAUGGAAAACCAACAACAUCAACAAACACAAUGCUCACCACAAUGUGCGCAAAGCCCAAGGCAACAGCAGCAGCAACAACAACAGCAGACACAACAUCAGCAUCAGCACCAGCGCCAGCAACCACACCAUCGCCCACCGCCAAAAGUGACGCUGCUCGACGAUGGCUGCAGCAGUGAUUAUGCGAAUGCGACUGAUGAGGGGGAGAAUGACUACGAAAGUCGUAAUGGCAGUGUUAAUGAGUAUACAAAUGGUGAUGGAGAUGGUGAUGAUGGCAGCGACUGCGGCGGGAACGGCAGCGGCAGCGGCAGCGGCGGUGGUUGUGGUGGUAUUUACGGCACCGAUUUGCGCUGAUUGCGGGACAUCGGUUGGAAAUUUCCAUUCUGAGUGGAUGUGAAUUUCGAGUGCGCUGAAGUGAAGUGGACCAAAAACAAAAACAAAAAAAAAAAAAACAAAA